UCCUCGGGGAUGUUCGGUGUUUUGAACUUUACGGAUGAUUAACUCGCCGGGUUAGCCGAUUAGCUCGUGUCCUGCGCCGGCUUUUGAGUUMAAUAAAGGGUGUAUUUGAGCGUUGACGACCUGGUUAUAAGUACAUGUGGGGGCUCGAGUUGUUCAAACUCGUGUUUUCUUGUAAUUUUGUCACAGAAAUGGCCACCGCGCCUGAAACGUCGCUGCGGAUGAGCCCGGCGGAUCUCAUCAAAAAGGAGCCGCUGGCAUACGGAGGGUUCGGACAGGUUUAUUUGUGCUACCAUGUUACCCUCGGCCAGGUGGUGCUGAAGACCGUGUACACAGGUCCUCUUCGGAACGAAGACAGUAAAAGGUCACUGCUGGAGGAGGGCAACAUCAUGGCGAGCCUUAACCACAAGCGUGUGGUCAAGUUGCUCGGUGUGAUUAUGGAGGAUAAAGACUGCUCUCUGGUUAUGGAGCUCCUCCCCAGAGGCAAUCUCUUGGAAAUGCUGGAUACGGUCAGUGUGCCAGUGUCCAUCAAAGGAAGAAUCAUCUUAGAGAUUCUGGAGGGGAUGGUGUACCUCACGGAAAAAAAGGUCUUACACAAGGACAUCAAGCCGGAAAACAUUUUAGUAGAUGAGGAUUUUCACAUCAAGAUCGCCGAUCUCGGCCUGGCCACCUGCCAGACGUGGAGCAAGCUCACCAAGCAGGAGUCUCGCAAGAGGAGUUCUAGRGAUCUGACAGCUGGGCAGAGAGGAGCCGGCACGCUAAGCUACAUGGCGCCAGAGCACCUGAAAAGUAUCCAUACACCCUCCUCGGAGAAGUCUGAUGUGUACAGCUUUGCUAUCGUGGUUUGGGUCAUUCUCACGAAUCAAGAACCCUAUCUAAAUGCCAGGAGUGACGAGCAUGUGAGCCAGUGUGUUCGCCAUGGUGACCGACCGGCAGAGAACCUCAUUCCAGAAGACACGCCUGUGGAGAUGAUUCAGCUUAUGAAGAGCUGCUGGGAUCACAAUCCGGAACAAAGACCAACAUUUAAAGGGGCCUACAACUCUUUCUUGCCUUUCUACAUGGAAACGCUUGAACCACAUGUAGAGGAAGAUCUAUGCAAGUUAGAAUAUGAAGGCCCAGAUGAACUURUUGAAAAGAUGAAAUCACUAUCAAUGACCCAUGAAUGUAGUUUGACAAGUGAACAUGAUCAGCCAGCUCCUUUGGUGAGUUCAGAUAAAAGUGUAUCCAUGCCAGUUGAAGCCAGUAUUGAGGACCUGCAUGCCUUCCAGUGUCAACCAUGUGGAGAUUCCCUUCAGGCAGAUGCAAGGGUGUUUAGCACCCCUUCAGACCUGGAGGAAAAACUGGGCCGAGAGCUUCUGUACCACAAACACGGCAACUACCUUUGUGAUGCCCAGCCAGAAGCUGCCAACAGCUUUCACAGACAUGCCUCAAAUCCUUUCUUGCCAAACUAUUUCAAUGUAACAGAUAACACGGUGAGGCAGCCAGCACAGGAAAUGUCAUCCGUCCAGUCCUGGACAAAAGGAGAACCUGCUCCGAUCAUCGGCCCGGAGGACGCUUGGCCUCACCCCACCUCAGGACUUUAUGCAUCUAUGAGGUCCUCCUCGCCUCAUUUCCCCACAUCUGUCAGCACACCUUCUUUGCCUCCUUUUAACCCACAACAGCCACACAUCGACUUUGACAGACAGAAGUCCUGGCCAGCUUACCCAGUGCCUGACACCGCCGCCCCUGACACAACCGCUGGACGCCUUUUGCCUUCUACAACAUGUAGUUCACUGCAGGAUCAAGGAUCUCUCUACAUUCAGAAUGCCAGCGGGAUCCAGAUUGGAUGCAACAACAAAAUGAGCAUCAGAAGUUGUGAUGCUUCUCUAAAUUCAUUAUCUUCAUGUAACGGCUCCCCCAGCUCUUCAAUACAAGAAGGCAUUUGUAACCACGACCGCUGUCCUGUAAAUGAUGAACACCUGGAUCUGGUGAGGAACAACAUUGGGACCAAGUGGAAACGCUGUGCGCGACGCCUGAAUCUGACUAGUGUGGAAAUAGAAACCAUAGAGCACGACCACCUCCGUGACGGCUUACAAGAGAUUGUGCACCAGAUGCUGGAGUCCUGGAAAAUGAAGGAAGGAUCUUUCGGCUGUACCAUCGGGAACCUUUGCAGAGCCUUGGAAGGAAACAUAAAGGUAGAUGUCAUCCAGAAUAUACUGGAAUUGUGCAACUGUUCACCAAGGACGUAAACCAAUGCAAUUCUGCUGCGAUUAACUGUGGUGGUCACAAGAAGUAUGGAAACUUGUGUUUGAUUCUGCUAAGCCCGGCUCUGGGGAUGAGAAUUGUCAUGUUGGAGGAUAGGGUUCAGUCUAAGACUUUAGAGAUAUGGGAUUGCUACUUGUUGGUACCAGACACUCAAAACAAGAGUCAUGAGCGCAAUCCGCAAACUCACUUCUGCUGCUCAACCCACAAAUGCAUUUUCCUUCAAAUGUAAAGGACUUUCCAACAGUAUAAGAUUUAUUGCCAGGAAAUAUUGUUAAAAUGUAGAAAUAGACACUCAAACACAAAAUUCCUUACUUUUUGUGCUGUUUAUUUUCAAAGUGUCAACGCUCAGAUCAAUGGAAAAAAAAAGACUUCUGGUUUAAUGCUUUAUGAUUUUGCAAUACCACAUUGAUUUGUAAAGGUUAUUGUUGAGCUGACUAGAAUGUCAUUAUUGAAAAACUCAAAUCAAAUAAAAAAGGCUUUAUUUAAUGUAGAUGUAAUAUCCUGGUUGGUAAUGAAAAUUAAGGUGCUCACUGUCAAUGUUUGCUAUAAUUGAACACUUUCUGGAUUUAAGUCAAAAAAUAUUAAAAUGGCUGAAUCUAACUGUGAUUUUAUCAAGCUCAGAUUUCUAUUUUAUGUGCUGUAUUUUUAUAAUAAAAAAAAAAUUUCAACCCAAAGCUUAUAAGUUUAGUAUGUGGUCAUGGCAUUAU